GAACCGGAAGCGACGGGGCUUAGUCCCGCCUCCUCUCCUCGCCGCUUGGCUCUGGGGCUUCUGAGCUGUCGCCAUGACUGCGCGAGGUACUGCCAGCCGGUUCCUGACCAGUGUCCUCCACAACGGCCUGGGUCGCUACGUGCAGCAGCUGCAGCGUCUCAGCUUCAGCCUCAGCCGCGACUCGCCCUCGUCCCGCGGUGCCAGGGAGUUCGUGGAACGGGAGGUGGUCGACUUCGCCCGGCGGAACCCGGGGGUCGUAAUUUACGUGAACCCGCGGCCGUGCUGCGUGCCUAGAGUAGUGGCGGAAUACCUUAACGGGGCUGUGCGCGAGGAGAGCAUCCACUGCAAGUCGGCCGAGGACAUUGCGACGCUGGUGCAGAAGCUGGCCGACCAGUCGGGCCUUGACGUGAUCCGCAUCCGCAAGCCUUUCCACACGGACAGCCCUAGCAUCCAGGGCCAGUGGCACCCCUUCAUCAACAAACCGACAGCACCCGGCGGGCUGCGCCCCCGAGAGUUCCAGGAUGCUGCCCCAGCCCAGUGACAAGUGGUCCCACUCACUCUAACCCCAGGCUCUGGACUCUUCCCCCCUUGCAGAGGUGGUUCUUCCUCUUUUGGCUCAGGGGAUUCCAUGGCCAGGCAGACAAAUGGAGCUCACCCAUGGGGAAGCUGACGCCAAAGUUUUUGCCAGGGAUAGAGUUGCCUGUUUAUUUUCGGUGCCCACUGCUAGGGACAGUGACUUUGUGAAACUCCUUAUCCUUAUCGGCUGGCAUCUCUGAAACCUGGAAGCUCUCAAGAGUUUCACAGGGCCUUCAUUUUCUGGAAUCCAAAUUGGUAAUAGUGAUCUCAAAACGCGGUGAAGGGCUCAAGCCUGGCUUCUUCUGAAGAAUCUGCGAUGUCCUGUUGCUGCAACUGUUGAGCCGGAGAGCUAGCACCUUGUUUUCUGCUGUGAGCCUGGCAUUGCGCUAGGCACUUUAUAUGUGUGAAUAUUUGUAUACAGAUUAGAAAACAUGUUAAUAAACUUACCUAAGGUGACGUCUGAGGUCUUACUUCAAAAUGUGUGCAUAUUUUAAACAUAAGACCUGUUUUUUCAUUAUUCUAAAACCAGAAGCAGAACACAUAACAGGGUGGUUAGUGCCAAAGGCCAUGUGAUUAAUUUAGGCCUGACCUCUGGAGGGUGUGAUUCUCAGGCCGGGUCCCUGGUAACAAGCUUUUCUGCCCUCUAGUUGCCCUAUCCCUCUCCCCCUGCCCCUCUUUGUUCAGAAAUCAAUUCAUGUCUUCCCUUGAGGGAGGUAGAGGAUUUUGAAAAGCUUCUUGGGGAAGAACAGGAGGGCUGAUAAAUAAGGAGCAUCAUCCAGGCUUAGUUAAAAAGGGUGAGGAAAAAAGUAGGAAGUAAAAACUAGACACUUGUAUAAAUUCUCGAACCUGUAAUUCCCUUGUUUGUCAUGCCCUUAUCACCAUGAUCAGUGAAUAGUUUGAGCCCAGGCAGCCAGGAUGGAAGCUGAGGAUCCCAGUUUCCUCUGCAAAUGGUUCUGUGGAGAGCACAGCCAAGCUUGGAUGCAAAAAUCACUAUAGCAUCUUCUCCACAGGCUCAGAAGCCUGUCCCCUGGUGACCAGGGAAAAGCCAAUCUAGACCAAGCAGACCAUUCACAGCUGUGGGAAAGGGUAUUUAUUAACCAACGGGGGGAGGAGCUGAGCCUAGGCUCCCCACUCUGUCACAUGCCUUUUCCACCCACCUGGGUGGUGAAUGGGGCAUUCCUAAAGUAUAGUCGUUCUCACAAUAAAUACAUUCAUUGUGGGAUGGAGGUGGGAGAGGCU